AUGGAGCCCAAAAAGCUACGAAUCACAAACCAGCUCCAAUUCGCUGAAUUGGUUCGGCGGAUGGAGUUGAAUCCAUCGGUAGCCAAGGGGCUAAAAUAUGCCGAGGCGACAAAUGUAAGCAGACAAAAUUUCCACGUAAUUUGGGCAGACACAACAGAAGCGCUUAAUAGUUUGGGCCCUCCAACGAGAACCGCUGCUGAGUGGCAGAAGGUUUGGGCAGACUUUAAACUAAAGACCAAAUCUAAACUGCUCAAGAACAAAAAGGAUUUAAAUGCGACUGGAGGAGGCCCGAACAACAGCACUCCAUUAACGGCUUGCGAGGAAGCAGUUGUUGGACUUUUGUCAUUGGAAAAAGCUGUUUGCCAUGGUGGAACAGUGUUCGGUUUGACUGAAGGAGCCUGUUUAGAUGAGGAAGCCAGCAUGGAGGUUGAGAGUGACCAACCUAUCCUCGAUACUCCACAGGCAGCCUCAACGCCAUCCUCCUCGAAAAAGCAGGUUCCAAAGGAAGCAGUGGAGCUUUUGCGCCUUCAGGUAGGGUGCCUGGAGGGUAUCAAGGAAUCCGCUGAGCAAAUAUGUAGAUACUCAAGAAAAACUUUCUAUCUUAAGGAGGAGCAACUGAAACUACAACAAAAACAUAUAAAAAGAAAACAUGAGCAUAUGCUUCGUAUCGAACAACAUAAAAAAGAAAAAUUGGAGUUGAAGAUGGAAAUGUUGAGGUAUAAGAAAGAAAAACUGGAUUUUUUAAAACAAAAAUCUAUGCAAGAUUAG